CAAAUAAACUUACCCAUUCACAGAUAUGUAAUCAAUGUAUAAAAACGUAUCUUAAUCACAAAACAAGGCGAAAUGUUUAACACAGCAUGGGCUAAUGAGCUGCACGUGAGCUUCCGUUUGUGACUCGUCAAAAUGGAUCAUCUGUGUAGCAAGUGUUUGUGCCUUGGAUCUCAACAAGAAGGGAACAUUGAAGAAUCAGGGGUCGCUCACGCAGCAAUGAACCCUUGCCAGCUUUUUGCAUCGUUGGUGAUGUCUAUGUGCUGUCACAUAUUGUCGACAACAGCAUGGUCAGUAAAUAACUUCCUAAUGACAGGACCAAAGGCUUAUCUUACAUACACAAGCAGUGUGCAGGCAGGCGCACAAAGCGGUAUUGAGGAAUGUAAACAUCAGUUUGCAUGGGACAGGUGGAACUGUCCGGAAAGCGCACUCCAGUUAUCCACACACAACGGUCUCAGGAUUGCCACCAGAGAAACCGCUUUUGUGCAUGCCAUAAGUGCUGCUGGAGUCAUGUACACCUUAACCAAGAAUUGCAGCAUGGGAGACUUCGAUAACUGUGGCUGUGACGACUCCAAGGUUGGAAAAAUUGGUGGUCGUGGUUGGGUUUGGGGAGGCUGUAGUGACAAUGUUGACUUUGGAGAAAGAAUCGCCAAACAAUUCGUCGAUGCGCUGGAAAAUGGUCACGACUCUCGCGCUGCAGUAAAUCUGCAUAACAACGAGGCUGGUCGACUGGCUGUCAAGGCAACACUCAAGAGAACCUGUAAGUGCCAUGGUGUGUCUGGAAGCUGCAGUAUUCAGACAUGUUGGAUGCAGCUCGCUGACUUCAGGGAUAUCGGUAACUAUUUGAAAAUCAAGCAUGACCAAGCACGGAAACUCGAGAUGGACAAAAUACGGAUGAGAGCAGGAAACAGUGCCGACAAUCGUGGCGCAAUCGCGGACACGUUCAGCACUGUAGCGCGCACAGAGCUCAUUUAUAUGGAAGAUUCGCCAGACUACUGUACAAAGAACCUCAGCCUGGGACUGCAUGGGACAGAAGGACGCGAAUGUUUACAAAGCGGGAAAAAUCUUUCCCAGUGGGAGAAAAGAAGCUGCAGGAGGCUCUGCCAUGAAUGUGGUCUGAAAGUAGAAGAGAGAAAGAUAGAGACUGUGAGCAGUUGUAACUGCAAAUUCCACUGGUGUUGCACAGUCAAAUGCGACACAUGCACUCAGACUGUUACGAAGUAUUUUUGCGCAAAAAGGAAUAAAAGCCGUCGACCGCACAACCAUUCACGCAGAAGGCAACACACGCGUAAUAGAUGACACUCAUCUUUGCAAUUAUAUUUAGUUGUACAUUUGUAAUAUGUAAAUAUAUUUUAAAUGAUAUUUUAAGAUAUGCUGUUUCUCACUUAAAUUAUUCUGCACAUUGCUGACAGAAAAAAAUGUAAUUUCAUCCCCUAAGGUCUUCCUCUCUCUCACUGUCAAUUGGAUAGUUCACAUACUUCUAAAUUUACGACUUGAUGUUCAUUAAAUGCACUUUUUCGUUCUUUACUUUAGAUCACAGAUUUUGUUACUGAAAUAUGUUAAAAGGAUGUUUUGCACCGAUAUUGUUUUUUAUUGAAGUUCGUUUGACAGUGUUUCACAAGGGGUUUGAAGUGUUAUGUUUUAUGGAACUUAUUUAAAGCAAUUAUUUUUUAAACUAUCACAUUGUUUAUAUAUUCACUAAUUUUCUCAUGGGAAGAACAUUAAAUAUUUAAACAUAA